AUGGCAGAAGAAGAACAGAAUGUUGUUGAAGAAGAAGUACCCGCGGAGCCCGACAACAAUCAAGACAACCAACACCAAGAUCAACAACAACCACAAGAAGAAGAGCAACCAAAUCAAGAGCCGCAACAACAACAACAACAACCACAACAACAACAACAACGGCAAGCCCAAGAACAACCAGCAUUCGAUUUCGGAGGACUCCGACGGGAAAUACCCGAAGAAGAGGACCUAUCACUGAUGCAUGGCAAAAUUCAAAGGAUUCUCGGUCGCACAGACGCCAUUGGCUCAAUGAAGAACAGGAUCGACAUGAUCCAUUCACUCAAGGAUCUCAUGGACGAAGCAAUGGAGGGACUCGUCAAAGUGUAUAACCUUCAAAAACAAAUCCUCAAUGAGAUUCAAACGCAAGCCUUCGCAAGACAAGGACAAGGACAAGACGACCCGUACGCCCAGGCCAUGCAACCAGGCCCAAGCUGGGCCGUCGCAGUACCUGCUACUAAAAGGUGCGCGUUCUGCGACGGUGACCACUACGCCUGCGAUUGCGGGCGCUUCUACAACCUCCGCGACAGACGCCGUUGCUUGUUCGAGCGUGACCGUUGCGAGAGGUGCCUGCUAAGGGCGACACACCUCGCCACGUCAUGCCCUGCUACAUCAACUUGUUUUUAUUGUAAAAGUGCCAAACGCGAAAAAGAAAUGUAUUCCCACCACUCAGCAUUUUGUCCUUUCAAAUUUCCAAUGUAA